CAGCAGCUGAGCCCAAGAAAGAGGAAAAGGUGGAAGAGAAAGAGGAGUCAGAUGAUGAUAUGGGCUUCAGUCUUUUUGACUAAGGGGUUCAGAUUCCUUCUUUCCUCCACAAUUCAGAGUAAUGUAUGCUUAAACUUUUUGUUAUGCAGAGUGACUCUAGCUUUUGGUUUUUCCUUUGAUAGAAAAAAGCUUGGCAAUUUUAAAAAAUACUGCAGCUCUCUACUUGUCAUAUUUUUGGUUGUUUUAUUAAACUAGUGAAUUUUGUUGCUUUAUUCCAAAUGUGUCUAAUUUAAUGUUUUUGAUGAAU